AUUUAAAGUUAUAAGUAACGAACGAGUCACAAAGAAACAAGUGCGUUUAAAUGUUGUGAUUUUUUUAUUAACGAACGAUUUACGAUAUUAAGCCUAAAAUGAAGUUAUCUAUUAUAUUACUUAUUGUGGGUCUUUGUGUAGUGAGCGCUAAAUACUUACCAGAAGAAUGGGAAAACUCGGGCCAGCUUUUAAGUCGCUUUAAGAGAUUCGAUUUAGGAGAUUCUGAUACGUCAUCCGAAGACGAUGAUGAAUCCGACUCAAAAAAUGAUGACAGUGAUAACUCGAGGGAUGAAACUUAUGUAAAGGAACAAUCUAAACAUAUUGCCAAUCUUGAAAAAAUGCGACAAAAACUUUUGGAGAAACAAGAAAAAGAAAGACUAAAACAAGAAGAAGCUCAGCGUAAAAUUGAAGAGAAAAUAGCUAAAGAAUUGCAGAAAGAGGAAGAGAAGCGACAAAAAGAACAACGUAAAUGGGAAGAAAAACUAGAAAAAGAAAGGAAGAAAUUAGAAGAUGAACAAAGAAAAAUUCAAGAAAAAAUACAGGAAAAUGAACGUAAACGACAAGAAAAUCUCCAAAAAGAGAUGGAGGAGGUAGAAAGUAAUAGCAAUACGUCAAAGGAUGAUGAUUCAGAUGACGAUUCAAUAGAAUUAGAAGAUAUUUGGAAAACUCACAUUUAUUCCAAAUAUGGUAUAACUGAGGAAAAUACGAAUGUUGAGAAAAAGGCGGCAUUAAGAAAGUACAUGCAAGAACAACUGGGCCUCAAUGCCAAUAGUACCCAAAGCGAACGCCGUCAAGCAGUACUUCGGUUUAUACAAUCUGAGUUGCAGAAAGUACCAAAUAUUAACAUCUUGAGAAGCCAAUUUAUCGACUACAUAAAUUAUGUGGGUGUGCAAAAAAUUCAAACUAAACUGGAAGGAGAUAUUGAAAAAUUAAAGAAUAAAACGGAAACACUUAAUAAUGUUAAUUUAACUUGGGUGCCAAUUGCCAAACAAAAUCUUGCAGAGCAGGUUUCAUUUUUAGAGACCAUCAAACAGUUUUUGUCUAAUUUGUUACCCAACUGGUUUGAUGCAAACACAGAUAAUCAACAACAAGGUGUGUCGGUAACUAACGCAGAUUCUAUAAUAUCCCUUGAUUCUGGUACAUUAACCCAACAAACUAAUGACGCUAAUCCAACUGAUGCCAUUAGUACAAAUAGCAAUGUAAGUCCAAGUAACACUGAAGGUAAUGUACCAAAUAGUUCUCCAGUGUCUGAUGGUAAUGGUGCCUUAAUGACAACUAGUUCAUCUGUCGUGUCAGAAUCGUCCCUAGUAGACUCAGAAAAUCCCACAAAUCAGUUGGGUACCGUUAGUGAAAAUAAUUCUCAAACACCUUCAGCCUCAGAAACAAAUGGUGCUACAAUUACUGGCAAUGAAGAUACAGUAGAUAAACAAUUACCAUCUGAAACAAGUGCUGUCAUUGUAGAAGUUACUAAGAAUUCUAUAAAUGAAUUGAAUACCAAUGGCGUUACAAAACCAGACACAGAUAUAACGAAAGAAUCUGCCCAGUCUGUUAGUGCGACUAACUCUGAUGUAAGUGGGUCAAGUCUUAACGAGAAGCCCUCGACAGCAACAGAUAGCGUAAUAACUGUAAAUAAUGGUGCAAUUGCUCCAAUUACUCCAUCUGAAGGCAACCCGUCAGAACUUGGUGCAUCUGUCGGUGACAGUACAAAUCAAAACAUUGAUGGAAAUACAAAUGAAAACGUCGAUGCUGUGAUUAAAAAUGCAGACAGUACCACCACAUAUUCUAAAAAUGAAGUUACUAAUACCGCAGAGGCAGUGACAACAGAAGAUGCAAUUUCAUCGUCUUUAAUACCUAGUUCUGAUCUCGGUGAAGCAUCCUCAUCGACAUCUAAUAAUAACAAUGAAAACACAAGUCCUGCUUCAAGCAUUGCCAAUGAACCAAUGUCGACUUCGGAUUCGGAUUCUAAAAAUUCAAUUACUGACACUGUUUUGGAAUCAAGUCCAGCAGUAGAUAACGGUGUUGUAUCUUCUGGUUUAUCUGGUUCUGAUAUUACAGAAGCAACUCUUACGUCAAUAGCUAGUGAUUAUAGUGAACCAUCUGUCAAUAUACUAGAUGUUUCAAGUACUACUUCUGAAGGAUCUAACAACGUUAACAGCGAUGGCAUGCAAAAUAAACCGACAAACACUUCCAACAAUGAAGCAAGCGAAAAUUCUUUAACAGCAAAUGGAAACCAAUCUCAAGUAAUUACAGAAGCUAUUGAAGUAAUAACUCCAGCGACUAUUGCCAAUGAAUCUUCCAAUGUAGUAAAUCAAGAACAAUCAAAUCUUGGAAGCAGCAACACAGAACGAUUAAUAAAUGAAAUGACUACAGCUGUUACAGAACAAAUUUUAACAGCCGAAACACGACUGCAAGAUGUAUCUCUAGCGAACGACUUAAAAACUGACUCAGUAACUCAAGAAACGCCAAUUAAUACCCCAGUUCCUGUUGAGCCUGGCGCAGCAGUUGUAGAUAUAGCACAGCAGUGAUAUAAUUUUCUUUCGAAGUCUUAUAAAAUUGUAACUUGUUUAGUUUCUAAAGUACUAAAAUUAACCAAUUUAACUUCUAAGUAAUUGCUGUAAAAAUGACUAAUUAACUGCUUAUUCAUGUAAUUAAAGUUAUUAAAAAUAUGUACAUAUAGUA